AUGCUGCAGUCUCUGUCUAACCGUACUAUUGUAGUUGGUUCAGGGCUAGCCGGGUUAACAACAACGUUGCAACUAAUUUCGCAAAAUCAUCCAGUUACCAUGAUUGAAAAGACUACUAAAUUGGGUGGUAACUCAAUCAAAGCUUCAUCAGGAAUCAAUGGCGUGCCUACUAUAUAUCAACACAAUGAUGAUACUGUGGAAGCGUUCAAAGACGAUACUCUCAAGUCGGGAAAGGGCUUAUGUAACCCUAGUUUGGUUGAUGAAUUGACUUCUCGUUCGCGUGAUGCCAUUGAAUGGUUAACUAAGGACUUGAAAAUUGAUCUUUCACUGGUUACACAAUUAGGUGGUCACUCGUUUGCCAGAACGCAUAAAGGAGCGGGUAAAUUGCCACCGGGAUUUUCCAUAGUUCUGACAUUGAUAAAACGUAUUGAAGAAAUCCAGGUAAGUAACCCCGACAUAUUGACUAUACACAAAAACAGCCGCUUGGUGAAGAUUUUAUCCGAUGGUGGUGAUAAUAAUAAGGUUAGCGGUGUUCAAUAUCAAGAUCAAACCUCCAAUGAAGUCAAGAGUGAGUAUGGUGUCAAUGUGGUAUUAGCUACUGGUGGAUUUUCAGCCGAUACUCAAAAUCUCGAAACUUCAUUGCUCAAACAAUACCGUCCUGACUUGCUUCAAUUUGCAUCAUCCAAUGGUGAACAAACAACAGGGGACGGCCAGAAAAUUGCAUUGCGCGAUGUCAAUGCUCAUUUGAUUCAAAUGGAUCAAAUUCAAGUUCACCCCACUGGUUUCAUCAAGCCAGAAAAUGUUGCAUCUCAAUGGAAAUUCCUUUGUGGGGAACUCAUGCGCGGUAUUGGUGGUAUCUUGUUAUCACCAAAUGGUUACAGAUUUGUAAAUGAGUUGACUACUAGAGAUGUAGUUACUGAAGCUGUGAUGCAACAUUGUCAAGUGAAGCAAGAAAACAAAUUGGGUUUACCGGUUGGUACAUAUGUCUCAGUGCUUGUGGUAAGUGGCGAUGAUUAUCCCAAAGCUGCAAAUCAUAUUGACUUCUAUGCCUCACAGGGAUUAUUGCAAAAGGGAACACUCGAGGAUUUAUUAAAAUUGUUGCAAAGUAUCAACCCAGAGAAUGAUAAAUUGACUACAACCAAGUUACAACAAACAUUUGAUGAGUAUAACGAAGUCGUCAAGUCAAAGAAAAAGGAUACAUUGAAUAGAACUGUGUUUGGAAGUGCAAUUUCUUCACCAAUUUAUUUCGGAUUAACAACGCCUGUUUUGCAUUUUGCCAUGGGUGGAAUUGAAGUUGACUCACAUGCACAUGUAAUCAAUUCUCAGGGUCAAAUCAUUCCAAACUUAUAUGCCGUUGGUGAAGUAAGUGCUGGUGUCCAUGGCGCCAACCGACUUGGUGGCAGUUCAUUAUUGGAAUGUGUAGUGUUUGGCAAGAAAGUUAGUCAAGAAAUCUUGAGUCACUAG